AUGUAUCUGCAGCGCCUCUCUGUUUUGGCGGCGAUAGCCAGCUUGGCGUCGGCCGGUGUGCCUCAUGAGCCUAGGCAUCAGGAGGGUCAAUGCAAGAAGACGACUGUUGCGAUUCUCGGUGGAGGAAUGUCUGGUAUUGCUGCCGCUCAAGCACUUUCCAAUGCCUCGAUUCAUGACUUUGCCAUCCUCGAAUACCGAGAUACCAUCGGUGGUCGGGCUUGGCAUGUGCCCUUUGGCAAGGACAAGAACGGCAAGCCCUACACCAUUGAGAUGGGUUGCAACUGGGUGCAAGGACUUGGCAACCCUGGUGGUCCUCAGAACCCCGUUUGGACUUUGGCCCAGGAUUACCACCUGAAGACCCAUUACUCCGACUACAGCAAUUUCUCCACCUUCAAUGCGGAUGGGUACUCCGACUAUAUGCACCUGCAAGAUGCUUAUGACAAGGCCUAUGAUAUUGCCAACAAGGAAGCCGGUGUCAUCCUCUCUCAAAACCUCCAAGAUCAAACUGCCCAGACUGGACUUGCUAUGGGUGGCUGGUUCCCCGACAAGCAUGAUAUGGAGGCCCAAGCCAUUGAAUGGUGGAACUGGGAUUUCGAGGACAACUACAACCCACUGGAGAGCUCUUUCGUGUACGGCGUAGCAGGCACCAACUUGACCGAAAACGUGUUCAGCGAUCACGACAACUUCGUCAUCGAUCAGCGUGGCUUCAACACUAUUAUCAAGGGCAUGGCCUCGACAUUCCUGAAAAAGGACGAUCCACGUCUCCACCUGAAUACCCAGAUCACGGACAUUUCCUAUUCAGAGGAUGGCGUUACUAUCCACAACAAGGACGGGAGCUGUGUGACUGCUGCGUAUGCCAUUUGCACUUUCUCGCUGGGUGUCCUGCAGAGAAGUGUCUUGCACCAAGAUGCUGUCAAAUUCACGCCUGCUCUGCCGGCGUGGAAGCAGACUGCCAUCCAGAAGUUCAGCAUGGGAACCUACACCAAGAUCUUCAUGCAGUUCCCCAAAACCUGGUGGCCCACGAACACGCAAUAUUUCCUCUAUGCCGACCCCAGCCUUCGGGGCUGGUACCCUAUUUUCCAAUCUCUGUCCAUGCCCGACUUCCUGCCCGGAUCAAAUAUCAUGUUUGUGACCGUGACGAACGAGUUCGCCUGGCGGGUAGAGAAGCAGUCAGAUGAGCAAACCCAGAAGGAAGUCAUGGAAGUUCUUCGUAAGAUGUGGCCUGAUAUCGAAAUUCCUGAGCCGACUUCCUUCCUGUAUCCCCGCUGGAGCAUGGAACCCUGGGCUUAUGGAAGCUACUCCAACUGGCCACCAUCUACCACGCUGGAGGAGCACGAGAACCUGCGCGCUAACGCUGACCGACUCUGGUUCGCGGGCGAGGCCACCAGCCCUACGUAUUUUGGAUUCCUGCACGGCGCCUGGUUUGAGGGCAGGGAUGCUGGGCGGAAUAUUGCUGCCAUCCUGCAGCACCGCUGCGUGGAUGGUAACUCGACCAAACUGAGGGAAUGCGGCCCGAGGAAACACUACGAUGUCCUGCAUGGAACAUCUCCGUUGGCUGACUAUACGGCUGUGAAUGGGUGGACUGCAAACAGCUUCUAUGAUAACAAUACUGAUUAG